AUGACUCAUAUAUAAUCUCGUACUAUACCAAACUUAUUAAAAGGUAGAGAUGUAUUAGGAGCAGCAAAAACAGGAAGUGGAAAAACAUUAGCUUUUCUAAUACCUGCGAUAGAAUUGUUAUACAAAGCAAGAUUUAUGCAAUAAUAAGGAACUGGAAUUAUUAUAAUUACUCCUACAAGAGAAUUAGCCUAGCAAAUAUUUGAUGUAUCAAAAUAAGUAUUGUAAUUUCAUCAAAAAACUGUUGGAUUGUUAAUUGGAGGAACUAAUAGAAAGUAAGAAGCUAUUAAACUUAAAGUUGGAUUGAAUAUUAUUGUUGCUACUCCUGGAAGACUUCUUGAUCAUUUAUAAAAUACUUAAGGUUUUGUUUAUCAUAAUUUGCUUGGAUUAGUUAUUGAUGAAGCAGAUGCAAUUUUAAAAAUAGGAUUUGAAGAAGAACUUACAUAAAUUUUAAAAAUAAUUCCCAAAGAUAGAUAAACAAUACUUUUUUCAGCUACACAAACUAAAAAAAUUGAUGAACUAGCUAGAUUAUCACUUAACUCUCCUAUUUAUAUUGGAGUCGAUGACAUUGCAGAAACUGCAACUGUUGAAGGGUUAGAAUAAGGUUUUGUUUUUGUAGAAAGUGAUAAGAGAUUUAGAUUAUUAUUCACGUUUUUAUAAAAACAGAAAAAUAAGAAAAUUAUGGUUUUCUUUUCUUCUUGUAAUUCAGUUAAAUUUCAUGCCGAUUUACUUAAUUAUGUUGAUGUUCCUGUUCUUGAAAUACAUGGUAAGUAGAAAUAAUAAAAAAGGCUUAAUACUUUUUAUGAAUUCUGUAAUGUAGAUAAAGCUGUACUCUUAUGUACUGAUGUAGCUGCUAGAGGCUUAGAUAUCCCUAAAGUUGAUUGGAUUGUUUAAUUCGAUCCUCCAGAUGAUACUAAAGAAUAUAUUCAUAGAGUAGGAAGAACUUGUAGAGGAGCUAAUGCGAAUGGAAAAGCACUUUUAUUCUUAUUACCUGAGGAAAAUCAAUACUUGAAGUAUUUAAAAGCAGCCAAAGUUAAUCUUAAUGAAUAUGAAUUUCCAGAAAGUAAAUUAGCAGAUAUUCAAGAUCAGUUUGAUAGACUGAUUGAAAGAAAUUAUUUCCUUAAUAAAUGUGCUAAUGAAGCUUUUAAAUCUUAUUUACAUGCCUAUGCUUCUCAUAAUUUAAAAGAUAUUUUUGAUGUUGCAAAUUUAGAUUUGUAAAAAGUUGGAAGGGCAUUUGGUUUUAAAAUUCCUCCUAGAGUUAAUUUAAGUAUAUUCAUUAAUUUAUAACAUUUUUAUUAUAAACAAUAUUUUAAUUUUACAAAAGAUGUUAAAUUAAGUAGCAGGACUUCAAGAAAAAAUAAAGUUUAAAUGUUAGAAAAUUCAAAAAAUAAACUAAAAAUUGGAUUUUAAGAAAAAGAUAAAAGACUUUUAUAAAAAAAUAAAAAUGGAGACUCUAGAUAAUUUUCUAGAUGA